CCUUGGUGCUGGUCGCCUAGGUCAGAAUGAGCUUCAAGCUUGUAACAAAGUUUAAAACUUUUCUCGUCUCGAAGAUGAGGAAGGCUGGAAUGGUUAUCAACAGUUUGCUUACUUGGAAUCCUGGCUAUCUCGUCACUCCUUUCUGGAAUAGUAAAGCCAAGUCUCUUUAUGGGAAUUUCUUGUUUAUCAACUACGAAACCCAAUUCAUAACAGUCUUAAUGGCCAAUAUCGUUGUACACGUCUCUCUCAGUGUCAUAAUGUCUUCAUUUACUCUUUUGUCUGGCUGGAUGAGCUCAUUGAGCUGGCUCUCCACAGCUAUUACCAUUGUCUCUGUUCUUUUUCACGUGACUCUCACUGGUUUGCUGCUCUGGAAAAAAUCAUUGAUUCGAAAAGUGCACUAUAUUGGAGCCUUUCUUUCUCUUUCUUUGUUUAAUUUUGCAAUAGAGAAAGAUUUCUGUUCUCUUCGUUCAUCUCAGCUGUUCCUGAUUUCAUCCUUCAUCAUGUUUCUCAACAUUACAAUAUUCUUUCAGAACAGCACUCUAUUAAUAGUUGUUUUGUUUCUAAUUCAGCUAGGAAUAGCAACCGUGGGCUAUUAUUACUGCAAGAUUCUGCCAUUUAAUUUCCCUGUAACGAUUUCAAUGUUCACUGAAAUUCUAAUCAAUCUAAGUGUUGUGAUUACAUGUUUCAUGGUACACAAAAUAACAAACGUUAAUAGGCGUUUAGCGUUUGAGAGAAUACAGAAUGGUAUAACUGGACAGUUUGAAAUGCAACAAGAAAUAGAUAAACAGGAAAAUCUCCUCAAUUCAAUAUUUCCUCCAGUUGUAGCAAAAUUAAUUAAAACCCAAUUUAUUUCAAUGUAUGAUGAUGAAGAGCCUAUUGAUGGAAUUGAUUCAAGCUCAUUUAGGAAACUUAAUGUUAACAGAUUUGAGAAUGUCAGCAUUUUGUUUGCUGAUAUUAAAGGAUUUACUGCUCUCUCAUCCAAAGUUAAUGCUAAAAUCCUUGUGCGAACAUUGAAUGAGUUGUUUGCUCGAUUUGACUGUUUAGCUGAGACAAAUAAGUGCAUGCGUAUAAAGAUACUGGGUGACUGUUACUAUUGUAUAGCUGGACUUUACGAUAGUAAUAAAAAUCAUGCUCAAAGCUGUGUUGAAAUGGGAUUACAAAUGAUUGAAGUCAUCAAAUGUGUCAGUCAUGAAACAGGCUACAAAUUAAACAUGCGUGUUGGAAUUCACACCGGAUCUGUAUUUUGUGGGCUCAUUGGACUCAAAAAGUGGCAGUUUGAUGUUUGGUCAAAUGAUGUAACAAUAGCAAAUACCAUGGAAGCAACAGGAAAGCCAGGCUGUGUACAUAUAUCAGAGAAAACUUAUGAUCACAUUCAGGGUUAUUAUGAAACCGAACUCUCAUCUAACAAUGUGAAUAAUAUGAAAACGUACUUUGUCAUUCGUAAAUCUCAGCAAUGUUCUGUUGAGAAUAAUGGAGGUGGUAAAAAGAGGACACAAAAGUUUCAUGUCAGGGCAAAGAAAACAACACGGCUUGCUGAUGUAUCGGAAUCACUCAUUGAUGUCCUCAAAAACAAAAAUCCUUCUUGUAGCCAAUCUGAAGCUGAUGGCAGUGACAACACAUUCACAUUGCCUGGUCAAGUAGAUAAUGAGCCUGUAUUUUCUGAAGUAGUUCAGAGAAAAAGAGCUUCAUCAGUUGCUGUAGAUAUGUUAUUCAGUGAAAAUUAUGAUGAAAAUAGGUCAUUUGGAGUGGCUGAAAUUUGGAAAAUACUUCAGAUAUCAAAGAGAAACAAGUCUAAGGAAUCAUUUAACAUGAAAAAACUUCAGAUUACUGAUGAAUACACUAAUGCCUUAGCAAAGCAGAUCACUCGUGGGCAUUGCAAUGAAAUUUGGAAAAAGUAUGCUCAUCCAUGCUUGUUGAAAUUCAAAAAGUUACAACAUGAAAUUGAAUUUGUGAAUAAGCCUUAUGAAAAUUGGAUAACUUUCCUCAUAUCACUCCUGGUUCUAGUAGUGCUUUCUUACAUUUCACAAUUAAUUAUACUGCCACGAAAUAAAUUGUCAACUCAUCUCGUCAAUGUCAGUGCCCUUGCUCUAAUGUGUUCCAUGAUAAUGAUCAUAGUCAACAAAAAUUCCGAGAGGUUUUAUGGGAAAUUUGUUAAAAAAUUUGUAUACUUUUUGGAGUACAAACGCUGUUAUCGCUAUGCUACUUUUUUUAUUUUAUGGCUAGUAGCUCACCAUGCAGCAACAAUAGGACUGGUUGAAUGCAGUCCAAAUGCAAGUGUACUGAUGCCAUAUGAAGCACUUGAUGCUCAAGAAGGAAGGUGUGAUUUUGCAGAGUUUCAUUUGGUAUUUACAACAGUACUCACUGUCUUCUUUACUCUUCCAAUCUCUGACCUACCUUUCAUUGGCAUUGUCAUCAUCACAUUUUAUUCAUUGUUACUUCAGUGUUUUGUAUUUCCUGCACUAUUUGCUGACACUUUUCUGCUUAAUUUGUAUUCACGCUACACUCAAACUGAAGUCUUAUCUGAGUUCUUAAAGAAAAAGGGCUUUGUUGGUUUGUGCAGUUUCUUUAUGACUUGCUAUGGAGCUAUUGUUGUUUGGCAUCACAAGUAUAUUGAACGCCUUAACUUUCUGCAGACACUUGAAAUUGCAGAACAACAGAAGAAAAUAGAAACUGCUAAAUCUAAUAACUGUGUUCUCCUUUCUAAUAUAUUACCAAAUCAUGUUGUUCAUCAUUUCUUAGAUCCUGAUGUUAGUCACAUGGAUCUUUAUUAUCACUAUCAUGAGAGAGUUGGGGUAAUGUUUGCUGCUGUUCCAGAUUUUUCAUCUUACUAUGGUGAAUCUGAUGCAAAUAACUAUGGCCUUGAAUGUCUUCGUCUUCUAAAUGAGAUAUUUGGAGACUUUGAUCAACUCCUGUUGGAAGAAAGAUUUAAUUCACUGGAGAAAAUAAAAACAAUUGGAAGCACAUAUAUGAUUGCAUCUGGAUUGCAUGAUGAUAAAAAUGGCUGGCAACACCUCAAUACUCUUGCUGAAUUUUCUUUUGCUUUAAGAGCUAAACUGGAGCGAUUAAACAUUGAGAGCUUUACUAAAUUUCAAUUGCGAAUUGGUAUUAAUCAUGGUCCUGUUGUUGCUGGAGUAAUUGGGGCAAAGAAGCCUCAGUAUGACAUAUGGGGAGACACUGUUAAUCUUGCUAGCAGAAUGGAGAGCACUGGAAUACGUGGAAAAACUCAAGUUGUCCAGGAGUCUAAGAAUAUACUGCAAGGUCUAGGCUACAACUUUGAAUUUCGUGGUUCUGUCAAUGUGAAGGGGAAAGGUGAAUUGGUCACAUAUUUUCUUUUGGAUGAGAUGCCGGCCAUUUAAUCCAAUACUGAUCAACACUGUUUCUCUUCAACUAAACAAUUAACAAUCAUUAUUUGUGAUGUAUUGUAGUUCUAAUCGUAGUUAGUUUUCAAUGGUAGUUUGAUUAUAUG